AUGUUGUUACAAAUUAAACUAUAUAUGGUUUCAGUGUUGUAUUUGUUUGGAAUAUUGUUUAUGAUAUUAUUUCCGCCCCGUAACUAUGAGCAAUCGGGUGCUAAAAUGAGGAAAAUACGGAGUACGGGAAGUAGCUUGAAGUAUUUACAGUACAUUGAUCAAGAAACAUUAUUAAAUAUAACCAAUCGCAUGGCGAAAGAAGAUCCAGAAAUGGUGCGAUUAGUACACCUCACUCCACGCACUUCAAACAACAAUUCUAUAAUAGCUCUAGAACUACACAGCGAUACACAUUCUAGGAAACCGGGCAUACUCAUUAUAGGAACACUCAACGGUAUGGUGUGGGGAACAACGAAUGCAAUAAUCGAAUUGGCUGAAAAACUAUUAUAUGAUGCUAAUUAUCAAACGCCCUUUUUUAAUGACUAUGACUGGUACCUCAUACCCGUAGUGAAUCCAGAUGCGCUUAAUUUUACUAAAAGUUUGCGAAAGUUUCGACCUAUCCAAGAACUGCUAUGGUCACGUAAUAUCACCGCUAGAAAUAACACCCGACCUUCUCUGUGGCACAAGAAUGUAAAUACAGAACUUGGGGACACCUGUUUUGGUACAAAUAUUAAUCGGAAUUUUGCCUAUCAUUGGCGAGGUAAGUGA